UGUUGUUAUUGUUGCAGCUGGGCAUUCGUUCUGUGGCGACAUUGAUGGAGUUCCGCUUGGACAGCGCGGAGUACUGCCAGGCCCAACACAAAUAAACUCGAGGGCAUUUCGAGGAGGCAAGGUAGUGGGGUGUUCCACUAGACCCAUGCUGCCGGGAGCGCGCUUACACGCACCCAAGCAUUUUGCGAUUAUUACCCACCCACAGUUACCUUAGAUUCGAACCCUUCUAAUUGGAGCAUAUCAGUUCCCGACGUUGAAUCAUUAAGCAAGCUUAUGUUCACAUAAUUUCAUAUUAGUUUCGCAACCCAAUUCGGAACCUUCGUUUAUUAGUAUUCGGAUGUGCUCAAGUGUUUGAAAGCGACCUCCAUGUGGGUGGCGCUCAUUAUAUAAUUGGACCCUUUCUAAAAAAAAGUCACGAAACUGAAGUGUGUUGUGUGGAAAUAGAGUGACAAUUUGUCUGUAGACUGACGUACUACGAAGUGACGCGAUUGAAACCACCCAAGUGUGAGAUAGUGCGAGAGUCGUCUUGUGGUUCGACAGCAGCAAGUAGACAGCAAUCACCAUGAAGCAGAAGGACAUCAGGCCGGCGCCGUCUCUCAUCGAGUACAAGAGUAUGCGCUUCCUCAUCACUGAUCGCCCAUCGGACGUCACCAUCCAGUCCUAUCUACAGGAACUGCGGAAGCACAACGUGUGCACGGUGGUGCGCGUGUGCGAGCCCAGCUACGACACGGCGCCGCUCAAGGCGGAGGGCAUCGAGGUGCGCGACCUCGCGUACGACGACGGCACCUUCCCGCCUGCCAACGUGGUCGACGAGUGGUUCGAGAUCCUGCGCGAUAAGGCACAAAACAAGCCGGAAGCCGCGGUGGCGGUGCACUGCGUGGCUGGGCUGGGCCGCGCGCCCGUCAUGGUGGCCAUCGCGCUCAUCGAGCUCGGCAUGAAGUACGAGGAGGCGGUGGAGACCAUUCGAGAUCAGCGUCGCGGCGCCAUCAACGCCAAGCAGCUGUCGUACCUCGAGAAGUACCGGCCCAAGUCGCGCCUCAAGAAGAACGGCCACAAGAACUCGUGCUGCGUGCAGUGAAGUGACAGCGAAUGUAGCUCUGCUUUCACACACACACUACACACGGGAGCAUAGAACACUAACACAAUGCGGGCGCUGCCACACUAUCCACUUCUUGACACAUGACAUUUGACACUUAUCUAUGACUCGAUUAUGUAUUUACUCUAUGGUUUUGACAUGUUCCUUUUUUUGGAUUGGGAUUUGUUUUUUUUUUUAAUUUUGUGACUUAAUGAUUUUUGGUAUUCGUUAUGGAUUAUCUAGCUGUGAUAAAUUGUUCUUUUUGAUACUUAAGCAAUAUUUCGGAUUAAUUUUUUAUUUGAUAAGUGAAAAUGCCCAUCCGGCGGAUAGUGUAGUAGCACCCUACGCGUCAUUUGACGUUGACAAUUUAUUUUCUAUAUUUUUUUUUUUGUUCGUGGGGUCGUAACCGAAAUCUAAAAAACAGCUUUCUAAACACAUUCCCGUUCAGUUUCAGCUCGGAUUUGGUUAUGACUCAGUUCCUCCGAAACCGUCUGACAUAAUUUUGCUACGAAAUUUAAUUGAAUGCCUUACUGUAAGCUAAUAUAACAGUGUCCAUGUGUUGCGAUCUUGUGUUCCGACGUAAGCUCGAUUGGCUGAUGAUUUAACGUCUUGCAAUAUGCGACUUGAAAUUUCGAACUGUCCAUAGAAAAACAGCGGUUGAGUUUAGGUCGCAGCCCGCUCGCGUUAUAAUGCGUUACCCUUGUGCAGUACUGCGUAGUGGAGUCGCAAGAAGCAAACCACGAUUUGUGUUCAUAGGUGAAUCAGUUACUGGGGUACAUAAUAAAAUUCAAUUUCCAUAAUAAAAUGUUGACUCGAUGACACCCUUACUUAAUUUUUCUUUAGAUUUCGUUAUUAUCUUUGUGUGUUGAAAUCAUGAUUAUAUUUUUUCCUAUGUAUUUUCUUUAGAGACUUAUUAUUAUUAAUAAUUUAUGACAUAAUAGAAGAACGCGUUUGUGUUUAUAAUUUAAUUAAUUGAAUUAUUUGACAAGAAUAAUAUAAUCGUCCCAAUGCUUUCGAUGUUUAAUUUGAAUAGUGUUUUGAAAUACGAAUUUCUGUCUUCAGAUUAUAAUGACUGGAGGGAAUAUUAAAUGCAUUAAAAACACGAUUAAACUCGAUCCACAAAUGUUCCAGUUAAAUAUAGCUCUUUGAUAUUAUUUUUCUAUUUCUAAUUUUAUGAAAAUAAUCGAAGUAUAUGAUUGUGUAACCACGAAGUCACAUUCAUAAAUAAAAAUAUUUAUAAGCAAAUA